CCCUGCCCCCACCGUUCCGAGGGGAGGGGCGGGGGCCGGCUCUGCCUCUGCCUCCGGGGUAGGUCAGGAGCGGGUAACGUGACAUCGAGGCUCGGGCGGCUUAUAAACCUUUCCCCAGCCCGCUGCGGCGGCCGGACGGGACGGGACCGCGAGGGAGUCGAGCAGCGACCCCGCAGGUGGCAGCCCAGCCGCGGCAGGACCCUGAUGGUGAAGCCAAUGCCCAGAUUAGAGAAUUGCACCUGGAGUUGUUCCUGUGCUGCUAGGGGAAGGCAUAAAAACCAGCAGGGGAAAACCGCUGUUGGACUGGCUGCCAAGGUGGGCGAGAUGCUGAGCGCUUCUGUCUCAAGCUCCCCGAUGACUUUGGUGGAUCAUGGAACACGGACCCCUACUGCUUCCAAUAUCAGAAGCAGUAGCAGUGGCACCAGCAGCCUGAAUUUGAACCAACACUUGGUGCAACGGAGCCUGGUGCUCUUUGCUGUGGGUGCUUUCAUGGCACUGGUGUUGAACUUACUUCAGAUCCAGAGGAACGUGACUCUGUUCCCUGAGGAAGUCAUUGCCACUAUCUUCUCCUCUGCCUGGUGGGUGCCCCCUUGCUGUGGGACAGCUGCAGCUGUUGUUGGUCUGCUGUACCCAUGUAUUGACAGCCAUCUUGGAGAACCACACAAAUUCAAGAGAGAAUGGGCCAGUGUAAUGCGAUGUAUAGCAGUUUUUGUUGGUAUUAACCAUGCAAGUGCUAAACUGGAUUUUGCAAAUAACAUUCAGCUCUCCUUGACUCUAGCAGCCCUAUCAUUGGGCCUUUGGUGGACAUUUGAUCGUUCAAGAAGUGGUCUUGGUCUUGGAAUUACAAUAGCCUUUCUAGCCACUCUAAUAACUCAGUUUCUUGUAUAUAAUGGCGUUUAUCAGUAUACAUCGCCAGAUUUUCUUUACAUCCGUUCUUGGCUACCAUGUAUAUUUUUCUCAGGCGGCGUGACUGUAGGAAACAUAGGAAGACAACUGGCUAUGGGUAUUCCUGAGAAACCACAUACUGAUUAAAUCCUUGGAGCAAAAGACAUGGUGCCAGUAUGAAAACAAAAUUAAGAAGAUGUGUUCUUGUUUUUGACUGCGGAUUAUUUUUUCUAAAUCUCUGUGGGCUUACUGCACAAAUGACUUGUGAAAAAUAUUAAUCCAUUUUAGAAUAGCCAAGUGAAAUUAACUGCUUAUCUUGAAAUCUUACCUUGAUUUACUGCAUAAGCAUUUGCGUCUGGCUGUUCUCUGGAAGAAUUUAACAUCAAGUUACAUACAGCAGUUCUGACUAGGUGACAGUUUUCCAAUUACUAGAUUCCAAUUUCAGUUAUUGAAGCAGCUGCCAUAUUUCAAAGCCUUGAAACUAAAAUUUAAUUACAAGCUCUUGUAUCAGUGCCCAAAGGAAGUAGAUUGAUGGUGCUUAAAAAAGGUGAAGUAUGGUUUAAUAGGAAUAGUAUUUAUCCAAAUCUUUUUUUUUAAAAAGGGUUGUUUAAAAAUAAGCGAUCUAAAUUAAAUUAAAAGCAUUAGUGCAAUGCUUUGAGUUGUAUGAAGGAAUCAUCCCCUUAUUUGUAAUGUUGCAUUGCUUUUUUGAGAUAACGUAGUAUAGAAUCUAUAAACCAUUUCAGAACAAUAGGAGAAUACUAUAGACAAUCUUCUUUAAAGCAGACUGUAUGAAACAGCUAAAAGCCCCAAUUUUAAUAGUUUCAUUACAGUUCAUCUGUCUAAUACUUCUAUCUGUAUCUUGGCCAAAAAGUACCUUUAUUGAAUCGGGGUCAUAUUAAGUGUGUCAGUAUGCCUGCUUUAAUGUUGGGUAUAUACCUUAGUAUUUUACUAAAUCUGGGCCUCAGAUAUGCUGAGCACCUGCAGUCCCAUUGCUACUAGUGGGAAUUGCAGGUGCUCAGAAUUUGACCCCUAUCUUCCAUUAAAAUUAAUGAAAAUACUUGUAUUUAUUUCUUUGGGAGUUGAAUCAGGCCCUGUAAAGAGCAGAUUAUGAGCCUAAUCUUCCUUCUACUUUAGUCAGUAAGAGUUUUGACUGAAUUCAAUGGAAGCAGGAGCAGACUAGGAUUGUCACUUACUAUUUAAUAAAUGAAGCAUAGUUAUUAGGUUACUUGUCUGUUCAAUUUUUGGAGAGAUCACCACUUUAUUUUUUCACAACCCUAUAAAAUUUGCAAUCUGUGAUUGCCUUGUAAAAAAAAAAAUUAAAUAGUGCUUAUGUCACUACAUUGAACAUUUGGUGUUUCUAAAUAUUUAGUUCUAGUGAGCACAAUGUAUAUGUUUAAUAGCUUAGACCUCCGUAGACUUAAAUAACAAGUAUUAGGUCUUAAAAUUCAAGUGCAAUGUACAGUAAAAUCUGAGCCUUGUAUUCUCUUCAAGAGUCAUUGUUUCUUAUGAGAUAUUAAAGAGAAGGGUUCUGAAUUCAUUUCAAUGCUGCAUGGAGGAAAAAUUCAGCAAUAAUUUAAUUAGCAAAGUUAGCUUAUUGUUGUCCCUUUAUUGAACCCAAACUUUUAGAAAUACUCCAGUUUUGUGGUUAUGAUGUACUUGUAUACUUUUAUGGAUUUGCCUUUUGUAUGAUGCAAUUUUUGUUCAUUUCCAAUCUUAUGUAGCUUCAGAGCUAGCCCAUGACAUCUGUUUAGAGGCUUAGCCAUCAGCAGAAGAGACAUUGAGACUAAAUAAUAGUAUUUGUAAUUUUAUUUCCUUUUUGAGGGAAAUUAUUAACGCUUUGGUGCAGACUUGAAAAUCCUGAAUUUGAAGGGAAGGGAGUAAACAAAAGUAAAAUUGCCUUCAGCUUGAAGACUAGCACAAAGGCUAUCUUAAACUGAGCCCAAUUCUGAUCUUGCUUUAGUGUAAAUCAGUAACUCCAUUUGCUUCAAUGGAAUAUCACUGGUAUAAGGGCCUUCUACUGCAAACAUUUAUGAUAAGAAUAACUAUAGAUAUGGAUAGUCAAAUUAAGCUCAAUAGGACUACUGAGAAAUUUAUGUGCAUAAGUGCUUGCAAGAUCAAGGUGGCAAGGCCUGAGAUCAGAAUUGAGCUAAUUCAUUCAAUAAAAUGGCUGACUGUGCUAUUUGGAGAAACCUAUUAAGUUGAAAUAAAUGUUGUUACCAGUGUCAAUGCCUAAAUAACCAGAUGUGAUUAAAGGGCACAAUAAGCUGUAAAUAUAUUUGAUCGUACAGCAGUAAGUAUUUAAGGUGUAUUUUUAAAAGACCAACUAAAUCUGUGUUAGAAAUAAUGCAGCCAAAAAUGUAAAUCAAAAGUUCAGUUUUGCCAAUACUUCUAAGUAUAUUAACCAAAGUGAUCAGUUGUGGGAGAGAAAUUUGCACUAUUCAGGAUUUGAACACUUACAUUCUCAUUCUUACUGAUGAGUUUUCAGCAGCGUGUUUUGCCUUUUUAUUAUUAAAGGUUUAAGACCAAGUAAUUUA